AUGUCUAGUGUUAUUGUCAUUUCUGGUCCAAGUGGUACAGGUAAGUCCACUCUUUUGAAAAAGUUGUUUGCUGAAUACCCAGACACUUUCGGUUUCAGCGUUUCAUCCACUACCAGAUCUCCAAGAGAAGGUGAAGUUCAUGGUAAGGAUUACAAUUUUGCCACCGUUGAUGAAUUCAAAAAGAUGAUUGAUGAAGAUGCAUUUAUUGAAUGGGCCCAAUUCUCUGGUAACUACUACGGUACCACCGUGGCAUCUGUCAAAAAGGUUAUUUCCUCUGGUAAGACAUGUAUCUUGGAUAUUGAUAUGCAAGGUGUCAAAUCCGUUAAAAGCAAACCUGAAUUGAAGGCCAGAUACUUGUUCAUUGCACCUCCAUCCGUGGACGAUUUGAGAAAAAGAUUGGAAGGCAGAGGUACUGAAACAGAGGAAUCUUUGAACAAGAGACUUGCUGCUGCCACUGCUGAAUUAGAAUAUGCGGAAUCAGGUGCCCAUGAUCAAAUCAUCGUCAAUGAUGAUUUAGACAAGGCAUACAAUGAGUUGAAAGAAUUCAUUUUCCAAAAAUAA